CCAGAACUCAGGCAUCAAAACUGUUUAAAUGUUGUACUUUAGCGCCCUCUGCUGAAUCCCUGACCCGCAGCUGACUGUGUCACGUGACAUCCGCUCCCCGUUCACACUGAGCCGACAGCGCUGCUGCUCAGGUACCGACCCCAGACCAGAUCUGAAGACACCCGGUCCGGCUCUUCAUGGGACGACGACAGAGCUGAGUCCGGAACUAACGGUCGGCUGGAAAGCCGUAAAGGAGCUCCUGUGUCGUGGUGCAAGAAGAGCGACGUCUGCUACCGGAAUACUUGAAGUAUUGUGUAUUUAGUGUACUCCGAAGUGACGACUGGACCCGACCAAUCCUGCGCCUGCGCACCUGUUCCCUCCUGAAGAGCGGGCGGAGUUAGUCUCCACCCGUCUGCUGAGAGAAGAACAUGCCGUCCACUAAGUCUGAAGCUCCGGUUACCCAGUUCACCCAGUGUCGAGUCCUGAGGGAGCACCGGCUGCAGAGAGAGGACUUGUGGGUGCGUGACGGGAGGAUCUUAGACCCAGAGAAGUUGUUCUUUGAUGAACAAGGAUACGCAGAUCAACGUGUGGACUGUGAAGGCAGCAUCAUCGCCCCGGGGUUCAUAGACGUCCAGAUCAAUGGAGGGUACGGUGUGGACUUCUCUCAGCCCUCGGAGGACGUCAGCAGUGGAGUGUCCUUCGUGUCCCAGAAGAUCCUCCAGCACGGCGUGACGUCCUUCUGUCCCACGCUGGUCACUUCCCCCCCGGGCGUCUAUCACAAGGUUCUGCCGCAGGUCAAAGUUCACGACGGAGGAGCUCAGGGCGCCGGCGUUCUCGGCGUCCACCUGGAGGGCCCGUUCAUCAGCGCGGAGAAGAAGGGGGCCCACCCGGAGCGGUUCCUGAGGACCUUCCAGUCUGGAGGGAUCGAGGACCUGAUGGAGGCCUACGGCAGCCUGGACAACGUCGCCAUGGUGACGCUGGCUCCGGAGCUGGCCGGCAGCCAAUCGGUGGUGAGGGAGCUGUGCCGGAGGGGCGUCACCGUGUCUUUGGGUCACUCCGUGGCCAACCUGUCGCAGGCCGAGGAGGCCGUCCUCCACGGGGCCUCCUUCAUCACCCACCUGUUCAACGCCAUGCUGCCCUUCCACCACAGGGACCCUGGUAUCGUGGGCCUGCUCACCAGUGACCAGGUCCCUGCUGGCAGGACGGUGUACUACGGCAUGAUAGCUGACGGGAUCCACACCAACCCGGCCGCCCUGCGCAUCGCCCACAGGGCUCACCCUUCAGGUCUGGUGCUGGUGACGGACGCCAUCGCGGCGAUGGGUCUCCCUCCAGGCCGCCACACUCUGGGCCAGCAGGUCAUUGAGAUCCAGGGUCUCCACGCCUACGUGGCAGGCACCAAGACGCUGAGCGGCAGCAUCGCCCCGAUGGACAUGUGUGUGCGCCACUUUAAACACGCCGCAGGCUGCAGCCUGGAAGAAGCUCUGGAAGCCGCUUCGCUGCACCCGGCUCAGCUGCUCGGCCUCGCAGAGCGGAAAGGAACCCUGGACUUUGGUUCCGACGCAGACCUGGUUCUGCUUGAUGACGCCCUCAACGUCAAAGCCACCUUUAUUUCUGGAGAGGAGGUCUGGAGAAAAUCACCAUAGAAGGAGGAGGAAGAAGAGGAGGAGGAAGAGGAGGAGGAAGAGGAAGAGGAGGAGCCUGCACAGGGAAACAGCUGGGACCAACGAUGCCUUCAGGGGAAAGCUGUAAAACGCAGAACCACAAAUCUGUUGAAUGUUUAUUUUCCUCAGAGAAAACAGUGAACUUUAUCUUCAGCUCUCUGGUCCUCUCUCCACAUUUCAUCCUUCCAUAAAUGUACUUCUUUGGGGUUUAUUAAUCAUUAAAACCAGAGCUUUAGUAAAUAAGUGUGUUUUGAUAAAGUGUCUUUAAAUCAAACCAUGAGUCAUACGUUCUAAGAGUUUUAUGAAUAAUUAAAUGCACUGAAUCAGGUUUUACACAGACGUGAUGUAAAGGGAAACAUGUUGAUAAUAAACUAUAAAAAUCUA